ACCGCACAUUUGUCACUCUGUGACGUUAGAACAGUUCCCGUUUUUUGCAGUUGGCGAAGGAAGGGUGCGACGAAUCGUAUGGCGAAAAACAUGCUGUGUGUGUACAGUUUCGGGAAUAGUUUUACCGUUUAAUUAUGCUCAGCAGCUUGAUUGCAUUGUUGUGAUAGUGCGCGUACGACAAUUAUUGUUAAAUGUACCCGAUUAGCCAGACAUAACUGUGCAAUUGUCGAUGACCUUAAGUAAAAAUCCAUUGAAAAGCGAGUGAACUCCUAACUACAAUCAAAAUGGCGCAUCAAAUGCCCCCUUCAGUGAACUGUUCUUUGGACGAUAUUGACCUUACCGCAUUGAAGGAUCCUGCUGGCAUUUUUGAGCUGAUCGAAGUGGUGGGCAAUGGAACCUAUGGCCAAGUGUACAAGGGCCGCCAUACCAAAACUGGCCAGCUGGCCGCCAUCAAAGUCAUGGACGUUACCGAAGACGAGGAGGAAGAAAUCAAAUUGGAGAUCAAUGUGCUGAAGAAGUUUUCGAAUCAUCGGAAUAUUGCCACGUAUUACGGGGCUUUCAUUAAAAAGUCUCCGCCAGGCAAAGAUGACCAGCUGUGGCUGGUGAUGGAAUACUGCGGCGCAGGUUCAGUUACAGACCUAGUGAAGUCAACCAAAGGACAGUCAUUGAAAGAAGAAUGGAUUGCGUACAUUUGCAGAGAGAUUCUGAGGGGGUUGUCAUAUCUUCACUCCAACAAAGUCAUCCACAGGGACAUUAAAGGACAAAACGUCCUGCUGACUGAUAAUGCCGAAGUCAAACUAGUUGAUUUCGGCGUGUCUGCUCAACUCGACCGAACGAUCGGCCGAAGAAACACUUUCAUCGGCACCCCGUACUGGAUGGCGCCCGAAGUGAUCGCUUGCGAUGAAAACCCGGAGGCCACUUACGAUAAUCGAAGCGAUUUGUGGUCGCUGGGAAUCACUGCUUUGGAAAUGGCCGAAUCGCAGCCGCCCUUGUGCGAGCUGCAUCCAAUGAGGGCUCUGUUCUUAAUCCCGCGCAAUCCGCCGCCGAGGUUAAAGAGCAAGAAAUGGAACAAGAAGUUUCAUGGGUUUAUCGAAACCGUUCUGGUCAAGGACUAUCACGAACGUCCCUAUACAGAGCAGCUUCUAAAACACGCAUUUAUCAAGGACCAGCCGACUGAGCGGCAAGUUAGAAUACAGCUCAAAGACCACAUAGAUCGUUGCAAGAAGCGAAAGCAGGAAAAGGAGCGGGACGAUUACAGAUACUCCGGGUCAGAGAACGAGGAGGAAGAGCCUCAGAUCGCUGGCGAACCCAGUAGCAUAAUUCAGGCACCUGGUGGUGACACUUUGCGCAGAAAUUUCCAGCAGAUUCAGGAAGGACGCACCCUGGUUGAGCCCCCACCGAGAAGCGGCAAGAACAAGGAACGCGAGGAAAUUCCUGAGCCUGGUCCACCUGCCAGACCGCCCAUCCCUCAACGGAUUAUUGUGGUUCCUGAUCCUGCUGCUCCACCUAGAAGUGUUUGUUAUAGACCGCUGCCGCCACCUCCCGAUAAUAACUUUGCGGCGUCCAGACCGCAACCGCAGCAACCUCAAAGAAACUCCCAAUCGCAGCACAUGUUUAAACCAAUGGCUCCUGCACGUAAACCCGAGGAGCUGGAUUCGCUUGCAGCCAAUCUGAAGGAGCUGGGAAUGCAGCAGCCUGUGGCCAAUAAUGGGGCUGCACAGCCUGAAGCCCCGCCUCGUAACAAUAGAAACAAUUCGCGCUCACAGGCGUCGAAUAAUAACAAUAACGUAUCACCACCGAGUGCCUCAAAUUCUUCCAACGAUCGGCCAAUCGAGGCGCUAGUCGAUAGUGAAAGCGAUUCGGAGCCCGAAGAUGGAGGAAGAGGGGCCAGAAACGAUGGAACUUUGUUGGCCAGCGAUCCUCCUAAGCCUCUUCCCGAGUUUUCUUAUAGGGCCGGCCUUCCGGGGGUGCCGGAAGGUACCGCCAGCGUCUCGAGUCCAGGGGCUACUAGUGGCUCGGGAUCGGGCACAGGGGGGGCUCCUAAUCGCCCCCUACCGCCCACGCCCGACGAUGACGAAUCUCAAGGCGAUCGCACGCUGGUUCUUCGCAAGCAGUCCGCAGCAAAUCUAGCGAAGAGAAGUGAUGAUUUUGACGAAGCGACCCUCCUUAAAGACUGGGACUUUGACAAAUUUUUUCCGAUUAAUAAAAGCGGCGAAAAGCAAAACGAAAAGCCGAGUACUGGCGUGAAAGAGGACCCGGCCAAGAAACAGGGCCAUCGAAGAAACGACAGCGAUUCGAAAGUGAAUCCCUUCUUCAGAGGUUUUCGCCGGGAAAACUCGGACUUUUUCCCGCUCAGCUCGCGCCACAGUGCAAUUUAUAUCGAUCAGAAAGCGCGAUCCAGUGGAAUUUUCAAUAACAGACGUGGGUCGGAGACGGGCGUUCAGGGCAAACGAUCCUCUGGUGAACCCGUUUUGAUGGACUGGAAGAGGACUGAUACACCUCCAUCGUCGACACCAAAGAAAACUGACAUCAGCAGUUUCAUUCGUCCAAGACGUGAGAAAACCGAGUCGGACAUUGUGCUGAGACACUCGGAGGUUCGCCGAAGUAUCCGAGAAACGCUCGAGGCUCGACAAAAAGAGGUCGACUUGCAAUUUGCCAAAGAGGCGGCGAGCAUGCGGCGAAGAAACUCGAAGCCGAUCGAAAUACAUUCGCUAAACGUAUCGAACAUAUCGGGCGGCUCUCAGUCGAUCGACGGGGAUGAAUUCUCUUUUAUCCAGAACGGACGCAGCAGCGACCAUUCUAGGCAAAGUAGUGUUUUGCCAGAUCUACUCAGUCAGGCCAGUGGCAGUCCAGGCACACCUUCAUCCAGGGACAAAUCGCAAAGCGAAGAGUAUCGUCCCGAACACUCGAGCCCCUUUUUGCACGCUAAUGCUUUGGCAUUGCAACAGAAGCAGCGCUCGUUUUUGGCUUUUGGCUUUGGGGCCAGCUCGCAGCCAUCCCGAAGGGAAUCUCAUGUGAACGUUAAUGUGACGCCCACAUCGCACGACAUUUCUUCAGACACGCCCGAGAUCAGAAAAUACAAGAAGCGAUUCAAUAGCGAAAUUCUUUGCGCCGCGCUUUGGGGUGUUAAUUUACUGAUCGGCACUGAGCAUGGACUGAUGCUGCUGGACAGAAGCGGACAGGGGAAGGUUUACCAGCUGAUUUCCAGGCGCCGGUUUCAACAGAUGGAGGUGCUGGAAGGGCAAAACAUACUCGUGACGAUAUCGGGAAAGAAGAACCGAGUUCGCGUUUACUACCUCAGUUGGCUGAAGAGCAAAAUAUUGCGGACCGAUGGUGUCAGUGAUCAAGUCGAGCGGCGCAACGGAUGGAUCAAUGUCGGCGACCUGCAAGGAGCUGUGCAUUUUAAAAUAGUCAAAUACGAGAGGAUAAAGUUCUUAGUCAUAGCGCUUAGAGAUAGCAUAGAAAUCUACGCGUGGGCCCCGAAACCCUACCAUAAGUUUAUGGCUUUCAAGUCUUUCUGUGAUCUAACCUUCCGGCCGCUUUUAGUCGACCUUACCGUUGAAGAGGGCACAAGGUUAAAAGUGAUUUACGGCAGUUCCGAUGGAUUCCAUGCUGUUGACCUCGACUCGGCCAGUGUGUACGACAUUUAUUUGCCAAAACAUGCACAGAACGGCAUCACUCCCCAUUGCAUAGUUACUUUGCCCAACAGCAAUGGAAUGCAGCUGUUACUGUGCUAUGACAAUGAAGGUGUAUAUGUAAAUACUUAUGGGAGAGUCUCGAAAAAUAUGCUGCUACAGUGGGGAGAAAUGCCGACAUCAGUGGCUUACAUCGGCACUGGGCAAAUAAUGGGCUGGGGCAACAAGGCGAUAGAAAUCCGCUCGGUUGAAUCGGGCCACUUGGACGGUGUCUUCAUGCACAAAAAGGCGCAACGGCUCAAAUUCCUGUGCGAGCGCAACGACAAGGUGUUCUUCUCAAGCGCGAAGAGCGGUUCCUCAUGUCAGAUCUACUUUAUGACGUUAAAUAAGCCGGGCAUGGCGAACUGGUAACGCGCAACCAGUGAUAAUCUCGACACAAUUAGUGAUUACGAACUGCCGCUAGAGCAUAGAACAAUUACCGUAUCGUGUGAUGAUGUAGGUGAUAAAUCGGCACUUCAGGACGGCGUGCCCGCAAAUCAGUCUUAGUCGAAUGUAACCGACGUGUAUGUUGAUGUGAGUUUCUAAUUGCUGGGCUCAAAAAUCGACUGAUUGCCACACGCGUCCAUUUCUAGGUGUUGUCUUAGUUUUCGACGUUUUUUCGCUGAGGGUUAGGAUAAGAGUAUUGGUGCUAACUAAAUUUUUGCGUUUUUACAUUCGGAAUCAUGCAUGACUUGUUCUUUACGUAAAAUCACCUUCAAUCGUCAGGAAUAACUUUCGACUGGCCGCGAACAAUGUCUAUAAGAAAUUGCAAAUUUUCACUACAGUGAGACAAAAUGAAAGUACAAAAGCUCCACUUCCGUGAUUUAUCCCCCUUUAGGGCAACAUUGGCAGUUCUUAGGUCAAUUUGUACGAUCCAAAAUUACGAUAAGAAUCAAACAAAUCAAGUAACAAAUUCGAAUAUUUGCCGCAAGUAUUUUUAUUAGAUUGGGACACUGCAUUUAUUUACUGUGGUUAAGUUUGGUGCCAACCAGUAAUCUAGUGACAGACGAAUGCUCACUUUACUGUAGAUAGAUCCUGAAAUGAUUAGUAUAAUAAAUCUCAAUUUGAUUGUUCAAAUCGAUUGGGGGUAACUUUGUAUAUACACUUUUGCAUAAAAAUUUGUAUUGCAACUUAAUAUUCCUCUAGCAUUAAGCGAAUACUGUUGGGGAAAACAUUGAAGGAAGUCCGAUUGAGCACUACAAUUUUUUUCUCAAAUAGUCUCAAAACACUUUUUUAUCUUUAUUUUUAGACAUCAGUCAUAGGAUUUUAUACUAAACAUACAUUUUAGUGAAAUUUUAUAUUAUAUUAGUAAAGUAUACUUAUAUGUUUAUAUUUUGGUGCAAUUCAAGACUGUUUUACCGUUUUUUUGGCCAGGUGUCUAUAAUAUCCAUGAAUGUUUAUCAGUUAACACAACAAACGAAAUAGCAGCUACAACGUCUUGUUUACUCGCAUGUUGCCCGUAUAUUUUCUCUCUUUCUCUCUGUUAUUUCCAAAGAGAUGUUAUAAGUGUGAUUUUUUUAAAAUAUAGAACCUAACUAUUGUAUGGAUAUCAUUUUAUUAUUCAGAUAAUUAUAAAGUUAUAUUAUCAAUUUGA